AUGGAAAUGGAUACCUCCAUGCCCCUAGUAGGGCGAAGUCGUGCUAUUUUCACUGUCUGCGUGGUGAUGAUGUGCCUCUCGAUCGUGGCUGUCAUACUGCGUGUCUUUGUUCGAUCUUAUAUUGUGCGAGCCUUCGGAUGGGAUGAUACAUUGAUGGUAGCAGCGGUGGCACUGUUCACAUUCCUGAAUAUCUGUUGCAUUAUUGGAACCAAAAACGGUGUGGGCCAUCAGCUCAAGGACUUUACAAGCCUGGAUACGCUGCAAAAAGCAAUGCUGUGGUGGUGGUUAGGUCAAAUGCUCUACAUUUGGUCGUCGGCAGUCGCCAAGGUUUCCAUCGCCCUGGCCCUUAUUCGGUUGACAGUACGGAAGAUACACUUGAUUAUUCUUUGGACAGUUAUUGCGGUCGUCAUUGCGAUCGGUCUUAUGUUCUGGCUCGUCCUGCUGUUUGACUGCAACCCAGUCUCUUACUUUUGGGAACGCCUUAAUCCACUCAAGUCUGGGACGUGCUUAUCGACCGAUAUCCUUCUUGCCAUCGCAUAUCUUUACAGCGCAAUUACCAUCUUCUGCGAUUUUACCUUGGAAUAUUCCCCGUCUUUUUGA